UCUUUCUCUGGCCGUCCGAGUCACCCAAGUCCCACCACAACAAUGUCUGACACACCAACAUCACCCUCUGCUGCUAUGAGCUCUCCAGAGCCAGCAACACCUGCAACACCUGGGUUAUCCAGCGUUUCCAGCAAUCGCCGCCGAAGACGUUCAUCUCGUGGAUCCAACUUUGACCCUGUUACCUCCUCCCCUGGGCGAGACUUACCUGCUUUUGAAGAUGAAAGUGAUUUGCUUGGUAAUGAUGUGCCAGUUGAAGAAGAAGAUGGGGAAGAACUGUUUGGGGACAAUAUGGAAAAUGACUACCGUCACAUCCCAGAAUUGGAUGUGUAUGAUCGUGACAACUUGGAUGAUUCAGAAUACUCAAUGAUGAGUGAAGGGGAUCGUGUGGCAGCAGAAACUCAAAUGAGAAAGCGAGACAGAGAUGAAGGUCGUCAAACAGGUCGAAUGAGGAGAGGCCUCCUGUAUGAUGAAAGUGACGAUGAAGAGGACAGACCUGCUCGAAAGAGGCGCAUGGCUGAAAGAGCUGCUGAGGGUGAUGUUCAAGAUGAUGAGGAAAUGAUAGAGUCCAUUGAAAAUCUAGAAGACAUGAAAGGACACAGUGUUCGUGAAUGGGUUUCAAUGCUUGGACCAAGGCACGAGAUAUACAAUCGUUUCAAAAAUUUCUUGCGCACUUAUGUCAAUGACAAAGGAAAUAACUUGUACAAAGAUAAGAUCCGUCAGAUGUGCGAAGAAAACAAGUCCUCCUUUGAGGUUGAUUAUAAUAUUAUAGCCUCUGAAGAACAAGUUUUGGCUUAUUUCUUGCCUGAAGCUCCAACAGAGAUGUUGGAAAUCAUGGACUCUGCAGCCAAAGACGUGACACUUUCCAUGUUUCCACAAUAUGAAAGAAUCACCCGAGAAAUUCACGUCCGUAUCACAGACUUGCCAUUAAUUGAAGAACUUCGCUCUCUCAGACAACUUCAUCUGAAUCAGUUGAUCCGUACAUCAGGUGUAGUGACUUCCACCACAGGGAUUCUCCCUCAGUUGUCUGUGGUUAAAUAUGACUGUAACAAGUGUAGUUAUGUUCUUGGGCCAUUCGUGCAGGCUCAGAAUGCAGAAGUCAAGCCAGGAUCUUGUCCAGAAUGUCAAAGUAGAGGCCCCUUCACAGUUAAUAUGGAGCAGACUGUUUAUCAGAAUUACCAAAGAAUCACCUUGCAAGAAUCCCCUGGCAAGGUUGCUGCAGGCCGAUUGCCCCGUUCAAAGGAGAUUAUACUCCUUGGUGAUUUGUGUGAUUCUUGCAAGCCAGGAGAUGAAAUAGAAGUUACAGGGGUAUAUACCAACAAUUAUGAUGGUUCAUUAAACACGAAUCAAGGCUUCCCUGUAUUUGCCACAGUUGUUAUGGCAAACCACAUUGCCAAAAAAGACAAUGCCAAUGCCAUGAAAGCCUUGACUGAUGAAGACAUCAAGGCUAUUGUCAGCCUUAGCAAGGAUGAACGUAUUGCUGAAAGAAUUGUUGCUUCUGUUGCACCUUCAGUCUAUGGUCACGAGGACAUAAAACGUGCCAUAGCUCUUUCUCUCUUUGGUGGAGAGACCAAAAAUCCAGGAAAAAAACAUAAGGUUAGAGGUGAUAUCAACGUCUUGUGCUGUGGUGAUCCUGGUACAGCCAAGUCUCAGUUUCUGAAAUAUGUUGAAAAAAUAGCUCCCAGAGCAGUAUUCACGACAGGUCAGGGUGCCAGUGCUGUUGGUUUGACUGCAUAUGUACAGCGGUCACCAGUAACCAGAGAAUGGACCUUAGAGGCGGGUGCUUUAGUUUUGGCUGAUAAAGGUGUAUGUCUGAUUGAUGAGUUUGACAAGAUGAAUGAUGCUGACCGUACUAGUAUUCAUGAGGCCAUGGAACAGCAGAGCAUAUCUAUUUCUAAAGCUGGAAUAGUGGCAUCACUUCAAGCUCGUUGUGCUGUUAUUGCAGCUGCUAACCCUAUUGGUGGAAGAUACGACCCCUCUAUGACAUUUGCUGAAAAUGUUGACCUGUCAGAGCCUAUCUUGUCUCGUUUUGAUGUUUUAUGCGUUGUUAGAGAUACAGUUGAUCCAGUGCAAGAUGAGCAGCUUGCAAGGUUUGUUGUUGGAUCACACAUUCGUCAUCAUCCAGGAGCUACUGCCGCAGAUGCAGCAGCAUUUACACAGGAUGGUUCUUCUGGUUCCUCAAACUUGGCAGGAUUAGAGAAAAUCCCACAAGAAUUGUUGAAAAAGUAUAUUGUAUAUGGUCGAGAGAAGGUUCAUCCCAAAUUGCAUCAAAUGGAUCAGGAUAAAGUAGCAAAAAUGUAUUCCGAAUUGAGACGAGAAUCUAUGGCCACUGGUAGUAUACCUAUCACUGUACGUCACAUUGAAAGUAUGAUUCGAAUGGCUGAAGCUCAUGCUAGAAUGCACCUUCGUGAGUAUGUUCACGAAGAUGAUGUGAAUAUGGCCAUUAGAGUGAUGUUGGAAUCAUUCAUCGACACUCAAAAGUUCUCAGUUAUGAGAGCCAUGAGGAAGAAUUUUGCUCGGUACCUGUCCUUCAAGCGCGACAACAAUGAACUUUUGUACUUCCUCCUGAGGCAGUUAGUACAUGAACAAACUACCUACAUGCGGUCAAGAUAUGGACCUGAUCAUGAUGUUGUACAAGUUUCAGAAAAGGAUCUUUUAGAUAGGGCACGUCAAAUCAACAUCAUGAACUUGCAGCCCUUCUUUGACAGUGAAAUAUUCAAGGCCAACAAUUUUACACAUGACAGCAAGAGAAAGAUUAUUGUUCAGGCCUACUAAUUUCCGAGUUCAUGUGUAUUUUGCAAGUUCCUGGUGGAGUGAACAGUCUUGGUUUUCUAAGACAUUUUUUGUUCUGGAAGAUGCAAAAACUGUUAUGUGACCAUGAUAAAAUUGGAGUCAAGUACUGUAAUUUGGAAAUUGAUUUGCUAGUUCUCUAAAAAGUUCUAAUCCCACCAAAGAAUGUUCUUGCUGAAUACAGAUAUUUAACUGAGAUAAGGACUUAAAAAGUGUAUAUAUUUGUUUUCAGACACCUUUUGAAUUUUCUUUUAAAUUAGAGACAUUUGAAAGUUGCUUUGAAAUUUUUGUAAGCAGCCAGUAUUGUCUGGUAUAUAUUCUGUAUAUUAAAUUUUUUAUAUAACA